AUGGCAUCGUACAAUAUUUCCUUGGACAACUUGAGUCCCUCCUACGAAUUUGGAUGGGACACCAGUGGCUGUAAAUCGCCUCCGGUCUCUCCUGCUCGCCCAUUCUCUAAUCCCUCGAGGGCAGGGCCAUCCAUGUCUCCAGGCCAUCUUCUAUCCAACCAUCAUCUCCAAAAUUCGUCCGCACCACUCGAACCUAGCUUUUUGAUGCCGGCCGCCUCGUAUAAUCUCGACUUAUACCGCCCGAAUCAGGAUGUCACACACCAUCCUUCGCUCGAGGGCAAUGGUGCCGCCAGACCAUUUCCUACAGACGGCGUCAGCUCGGGGUUUGGGACUACUACUUGUGCCGCCUCCCCAUCCUCCGAUUGCUCUGUACAAGAGAUACCGCAACGAAACGACGAUGGCGGCCAUUGUGCCAGGGCUGGGAUGCUAUGUCGCCGUCGUGGUGCACGCAGGCAGAACUCGGGCCACGGUACUUUCCGCUGCAACUGGAAGGACUGCUCCUACCCCGGCAUGUUCUCCCGUAAAGGGGUCUUGAUGCGCCAUAUUGAGACACAGCAUGUCACUCCGCGCUCAUUCGGUUGCCCUAAGUGUGACAGACUCUUCAGUCGGAAAGAUAAUAUGACUGAGCACUUUGGAAGAGUGCAUUUGGAAAUAGUUUGA